UUAAUUUUAUGAAUUCACUGUCUACAUUUUUUUUUUAAUUCUUCAAGAAAAAACAGCAGCCGUUGAGUUCUUUGUGAAAAAAAAAAAAAAAAAAAAGCCAUGGCGUUGAACGGUGGGCUGAGAUCGGCUUCUAUGCUUCUGACUUCGUCAUCCCAAUCGCUUCUCUCCAAGUCAGCCGAUGGAGGGUUUCAUUCCACUGGAGUGAAGAGGAUGAGGAAAGGCCAUGCGCAUGGCCAUGAUGAACCAUAUUACCUUCAUGCUAAGCAUUUGCACGACUUGGACAGGAUGAAACAUCAGAAGCUCAAGAUGUCUCUUGGUGUUUUCACAGCCCUCAGCGUUGGUGUCUUUGUUCCCAUCAAUGCUGUCAUUUUCCAGCUGAAAAAGACUGCAUCUGGCUGAAUUCUGAUGCUUAUCCUUAAUGGCUGGAAUAAGAGAAACAACCCGGGAGUCAGGAUGCCUUUGAAAUCAACUUUUGAAAUGAAUAAGGCUUAAAGGUAGAUGUACAGAAGUAUGGACAGUCCCGCAGAGCCAAAGAGAAUGGUAGCAUUUGUACUGAUUGACGAAUUGGGGAAUGUAUCGAUACCAAGGUUUGGGAAUAAGACGCCUUUGCAGGCUGCCAAUGUUCCAAAUUUGGAUGUGAUAGCAUCAGCCAGAGUUAAUGGUCUCAUGGACCCUGUGGAAGUAGGUUUGGUUUGUGGGAAUGACACGGCUCAUCUUUCGCUGUUGGGCUAUGCCACGAGUGUAUUACCGAGGGCAAGGUGCAUUCCAUGGCGGCUGGGUUGGCAAUGUCACCUGGAGAUAUUGCAUUCAAGAUGUGUCACCCUGCUUUAGCUCUCAUUUUUUCUUUCUUUUUCCCCUCAUUAUUCACCUACACUUCUUAAUACAUUAUUUGCUGGUACUAUUUCUAUAAUUGGACCAUUUAUUAAGCAGCAUCGUGUUGAUAAAUAUCUUGAUACUAUCCAAAUACAGAUAAUUUGAUUUAUGAUUCAAGAAUUUCAACAUGUUAGCUUAAAGUUUAAUGUGGUCAUUAGUUUUGAUAUGAAUGAAGAAAUUUUUUGGUCAUAAGCUGUAUUUUUAUUUUCAGAUUAAUAUAAAACAUUGAUUAAUAAUUGUUGCCUGAGAUGAUUCUAUAUGAUUAAACUUACAGUUCCUUUCUUCUUACCAGGUAUGAUCUAGCUUCUGACUUGAUCCAUGAUGGAGGCGAUCGUCUUAAAGAUUUUACUUAUUCUUUUUUCCAACAAGUUAAUAUGUAAUAGUUCCGUAUAUUUUCUUCAGAACACCAUGAUGAUUUUGUUUUUGAACAUGAUUAGCCAUUCCAAUAAUCUCUUUUCAGUCAAAUUUUACUACCUUGGAUAAGAAAACUGGCAUAGUUAGAUGUAGGAAAGCCGACAGGCAUUUUGAAGAAAAUGGGCCUAUACUUUGUGCUGCCCUGCAUAGAAUGAAGCUCCCAUCUUUUCUUGAUGAUGAAGUAAAGAGUCAAGUACAGAUGUUUUUAAUUGCUGUAAUUGUCAAUUUAUGAAGUUAUAUUCUUCCACUUUGGUUCUACAGGAUAUAAAAACUUUUAGCUUACUCAACUAGGUUUUAUUUUCACAUAGCCAUUUUGGUUAUGGACUUUACUUUGAUCGACAAUUUCGAACCUUGAAAUGUCUUAGCACCAAUGCUUAUAGUUUUUAGGCUAGAUGGUCAUGAGAAGGUUUUGUUCUUUGUGAACUCUGUUAAGAAUUGAUUGGAAGCUUUAAGCUCUAUUAUAAAAUAUGUAAUACUAAGUCCUGUAGUCAAUCUCUUACAUGUAUGCAACAGAACACCGAUGUGUUGUUGUUAAAGGACCAAGACUGAGUGGAAAUAUAUCAGGAACUGACCCGUUGAAGGACAACUGCUUACUUCUGGAAGCCAAGCCUUCAGAUGAUACUGAUGAAGCGAGACACACAGCUUUAGUUAAUGAGUUAUCCAGGGAG